CAAAAUUUAGUCGCACUGUAGACUUCGCUCAGUACAGACCUGCCCAAGCGAGGAGUUACAUAGCGCCAUACGCAGUGGAUAUUUCGUCAUAACAACAUUUGUGAUAGUGAAAAAUCAUUCAGGACGUGAAAAGUGGGAGUGAAACAUUUUCCUAAUAUUGAAUAUUAUUUACUGUUUUGAAAACUAACUGUGAACGGAAAGAACGUUGUGAAUUUACUGUUUUGUGGAUUAUGAUACAUCGUACCCACAAUUUGGAUAAUUCCGGAUAAGGAGUGCAAAAACACCGCAAAUAUUUUUAACCACAGUGAUAAUUCGUGCGGACCCAUCGACGUCCGCCGAAACAUGGUUGCCGAGUUCAUCCUGAGUCAGCAGCAGCUGCUGAGUGGAGCGGGGGGCGGAGCCCUAGGCCCCGUACCGCCGCCCUCCCGUGCCCCGCCGCCUCCCCGCGGCCGCCACUCUGUGUCCCCACACUUCCCGAUGGACCAGAGCCAAGGCCCCGUGGGUAGCCCUGGCGACCCAAAUGACUACUCUCCCUUCGAGUUCAACAAGCGCAAAGAGUUCUUCGGUCAGCGCAAACAGAGGGAGUUCAUCCCCGACAGCAAGAAAGACGAUGGUUACUGGGACCGUCGCAGGAGAAACAACGAAGCCGCCAAACGCUCUCGCGAAAAGAGGCGCUUCAAUGACAUGGUACUUGAACAACGCGUCGUCGAGCUCUCCAAGGAAAACCACGUACUCAAAGCACAGCUCGAUGCGAUAAAAGAAAAAUACGGAAUAUGUGGCGAAACUUUGAUAAGCAUAGACCAGGUGUUGGCAACUCUCCCCACUUGCGACCAGGUCCUCUGCGUCACAAAGAGGAGUAAGUUGACCACCAACACCCUGUUCCCCGCGCCGCCGCCGCCACCCCCGGCGCCGCCCGCGUCGCCGCCGUCGCCGCCGCCUCAGCGCCAGCCCGAGCCCUACCAGGAGAGGCUACCGGCCCCCGAGGCGUACUACCCGCACCCCGCACACUACGAGCCCCCCGGCUCCGUGCUCAACCUGUCCAGAUCUCGCCGCGUGCCCUCCCCCUACGAGCUGUCCUCCCUCUCAGGCUCAGGGGACGAGACCGCCGAACAGUACGCGCCCGAAAACAACGGGCUGCCGCUCAAACUUCGCCAUAAAUCCCAUCUCGGCGACAAGGACGUCGCCAGCGCCCUGCUCUCCCUCCAGCACAUAAAGCAGGAGCCCGGCCCCCGCUCGUCACCCUCGUGGGACGGGGAAGGCUCGAGUGACGAGCGAGACUCCGGGAUCUCGAUCGGCGCGGAGUUCAGGCCGCAGCGGCCCGAGGACCGGCUGGCGGCCGAGGAGGAGGACGCGCACCUAAAGGCGGAGCUGGCGCGGCUGGCCACGGAGGUGGCCACGCUCAAGAACAUGAUGCACCAGAACAAGGCACGCGCGCACGAGCACUGAGCUGCCGCCGCCUGCGCCUGGACCGCGCAGCCGCCCCCUCCCGCCGCGCCGCGCCGCGCCCCGCCUCCCACUCGCUCGUACAAACUGUCUCCCCUCCCCAGUAGAAGAGUUACCACGUUGUAAAGAGAUGAAUAUUAUAUUUGUAUGAUAUGUGCAGCUGUAAGCGGCUAAGCCGCGACGCCUAUUUGUAAUCCUUCCUAGUAGUUGUAUGUCGUGGUCGGUGUGUAGUCUGUACUCGUGUAGGGUAGGCAGAAGUAGUGGCAGGUCGUCGUAGACGCGCCUCCUGGACCCUUUCAUAUGAAAAUGAGACUAAUUAUGUUCGGUUUACAGACUUUUCGAACAGAUAAAACGUGUCUACUCAGUGAUAGGAUAUAAAAAAUGCAUUUUUAGUGAUGAGCUAUGUAUGUAUAUGUAAUUAAGUUAAAGAAGUAGAUCUGUUUCAUCUUUUCGAAGACUCGAUAGUGAAAAAUCGAUGGCUAAAGACUAUGUUCUUAUAAGUAGUUCGUAAGUUAUGAUCUAAGUAAAUUUAAAUCCAACUUAGAUGGUUAUUUAUAAAAAUUAAUGUAUAUUUCUCAUUUCGGAUUGCCCCGUUAAGUUUUGAACCAAAAAGAUGAUAGGUCCUCUGGUUAACUGAUGAGAAAUCGCAAAUAAUUUGUAAGAAAUAGAUUCUACAUUAAAGUCUAUAAUAACAGAUGUAAUUGAUUAAAAUCAAAAUUAAGAAUACCAGUGCCUUUGACAAUCACACCUACAUUUAUAAAUAGCUAACUACCUAAAGGAAUAUUUUUGUACACUUUUAACUAAAAAAGAAAAUGGCGAUUUCAUGUUUCGGCAACCAACGGUCGCUACUACGGGUGCGGUAGUCACAACAACUCGACAGGCAAUUGUUUCCUAUCGACAACUGAAUAGAGUGCGUAGCAUUUGACGUAUUUGUUCGAGAAAAGACUGAGUUGUUGUGAGUAGCAAGCCCAUGGUAGGACGCAAGAAUAAAUUUUGAAAUGUAUCGAAUCCUAAGAAAGCUAGUUGGCAAGUAUUCAGUAAUAUUGUAAGUUUAACUCCUAGUAUUGCUCUAAAGGGCAUGUGAUAGGACUGAGAGGAGGUAUACUAAGUAUUUAUUUAUUAUUCGGACCGAGAAAGAGGAUUUUACAAUUUAUUAUCUUUGUAUAAGAAACUCUAUACGAUAUAAAUAAAUUGUGUACAUUACAAUUAA